AUGAAGUCAUCAAGACCCACCCAAUUUCCUUGCCGGAAAGCCCGAGAAUCGUCGACGGUAUCGACUGGUUCGAACCGGAAGUUUCCGAUUGUUGCGCCGCCGCCUCCGCCGUCCGUUUCAGGUAAAAUUGGUGAGGAAUUCCCGGAUUGUGAAUCGGAGCCCCGGAUGUUCCGAUUCAAUAAUUCAAAGUUUGUGGGAUUAGCGAUAACCGUACGAUUAGAAGCGAUUCCCAAACCUGUACUUCGGUUGAUCAUACACAGCAGGCAGGACCCUCUCGAGGCUGGGCAGCUUGGGAUUAUCUGUGAGUACCAUUCCCUGGUUACUAGGCUUCCCACACGUCGUUGGCAGUGCCGGUGGGGUGGGAAGGCCAUGAGUUUGUGGGUCUCACACGUGUCGUUGGCAGUGCCGUGCCGGUGGGGUGAUGAUACUGUUUGCGCGCGUAGGACUUGUUAUGAGAUUUGUGAGCUACACGUGUCGUUGGCAGUGCCGGCGUGUGAGCUAUGGAGUUCCGUCCCCCGGUUGGACUACUCAUCCCUGGAUGCGGAUGCUUUGUUAUCGCCCAUGUUAGGUUGUUACUUGAGGCCGGAGGCCACUUUAGUUUGGAUUGUUGGGAGAUUCUGCCAAAAUUUUGGUAGGAUGUCUCGGGUUUUUAGUAAGUGGGCCCGGCAUUGGGGAGAUGUCGGCACCAAGACGGAGUCCGCCCCGGUUUCGGGGGAAAUUUCGGGGCGGGUCCUGUCAGCUUGGUAUCAGAGCAUUAGAACCAUGUCAACUCGUAAAGCAAGAACAAGGGGCCGUGGUCGGAGGUGGGGACCAAACCCGCCACCUCCAUCUCCGCCACCAUCUCCAUCACCACCUCAUUCACCACCAGUUCCGUCUCCUCCACCAUCACCACCUGCUAAGCCAAUUCACACGCACGAUGACUACAGCUUUGCGAGGGAGGCGUAG